GCCGCGCACUUCGCUGCAACGCCCGGGCGUCUGGACCCUCCUGUAGAGCCUACCCGCUUCCUCUGACAGAGCGCGACAGCCAGCUGCUGUGCUGCUGCCUUUACUCCGCUGAGGGGCUGCGGGGACGGUCCAGGAGCAGCAGCGAAGAUGUCUAACGAGCCACCCCCUCCUUACCCAGGGGGCCCCACAGCCCCGCUUCUGGAGAAGAGUGGAGCCCCAUCUACUCCAGGCCGCACCUCCCCAGCUGUGAUGCAGCCCCCGCUGGGCAUGCCGCUGCCCCCUGCAGAUAUUGGUCCCCCACCCUAUGAGCCACCAGGUCACCCAGUAUCCCAGCCUGGCUUCAUCCCCCCCCACGUGAGUUCGGAUGGCACCUACAUGCCUCCAGGUUUCUACCCGCCUCCAGGCCCUCACCCACCCAUGGGCUACUAUCCACCAGGACCCUACCCACCAGGGCCCUACCCUGGCCCUGGGGGCCACACAGCCACAGUCUUGGUCCCUUCAGGGGCUGCCACCACUGUGACAGUGCUACAGGGAGAGAUCUUUGAAGGCGCGCCCGUGCAGACGGUGUGUCCCCACUGCCAGCAGGCCAUCACCACCAAGAUCUCCUAUGAGAUCGGCCUGAUGAACUUUGUACUGGGUUUCUUCUGCUGCUUCAUGGGAUGUGAUCUGGGCUGCUGCUUGAUCCCCUGCCUCAUCAAUGACUUCAAGGAUGUGACACACACGUGCCCCAGCUGCAAAGCCUACAUCUACACAUACAAGCGCUUGUGCUAACGGAGCCAAACUUGGACUUCCCUACCUGUCAGUCUGGUCCCCUGUGCUCUUUGCUUCCUAUACUCAGUGGUUGCCUCCUCCCCUCCCCACCCCCGGGUUGGAAGCUGUGCCACCAUCCCCUGGAAGUCCUGUUCUCACCUUGCCCUACCCUGAGCAUCUGACUCUUCCAGCAAAAAUUCUGUUGGAUUAAGGCCAAGGGCCAGUGGGUGGCAGGGAGGUGGCACUGAGUUUGUGUGUUGUUGGUUUGCUUGGCAUUUGUGUUCCAGAAGAUAAGCUGGGAAGACCUCCUAUUGGGGUCCUCCUUCCUCCAUUUCCGUCCAAGAUCCAGGAUUCAUCCUGAGUUCCUGGGACCAAAGGCAGCCAGAGCAGUAGCAGGUCCCAGGCUGGGGGCCUGCAGUGGGGGCUAUGCCUGAAGCCAGUUGUUUUUGACCUGGUGGGCCAAGAGUAGGGCACUGUCUAGAGUCCGGUGGACUCAAGCAGGACAGGGUCAUAGGCCUGGGUUUGUUGUGGGUGUUGUCCCUCUGGGGAGCCAGAGGUAGGGUGUGAUGAAAGUAACGACUGCCGACCCUGGCCCUCAGAACUCUCAGGUAUGGAAACCCAGGACCUCUAACCCCUUGUCCCAAGUGCCCAAGAGUUGUCUGGUGUAAGGAUACCAGGCGAGUCAUAGCCCUGGUAGCCAAGAGGGACUUGGACAUGCCCUCAGCUUCCACUGAGUUGGUAUGCAGACACCCUUUCUGGCCACACCUCUGUGAAGCCCUGUAUUUUCUGGGCAGAAGGAAUACCCAUUAGCCUAGCGUGUCCCAUCUGCCCUGUGUCCUGGCUGUGUGUGGAUGUGAUCUCUGCCUGGUGACUGCUGUGUCCCAGUUGGGACAGAUGGCAGAUAGGAGGGGCUUCCUUGUAGGUUCAUUGGGAUCUGCAGUGCUCUCCCUUGGUUCUCUUCCCAAAAAGCACUGGGCUGGGGACCAGGAAGGAACAGCCAUAAGUAGUGGGGUGCCCUAGAGGACACCAGCCCUACCAGGUAUAAGCCCAGACCUGUCUUUAUUUCCUGAAUGGUUGGUUUGUGAACUUGCCCAUAUGGACACUAUCCUGCUGCUGUCCCUCUCCUGGUCUCGCACUGCCACUGCAUGGCCUCUUGUCACUGUGAAUUGUGGCCUGGUUUGAGUUUGUAGUUUCUCAUUAAAUUGGCCCUUUCACUUCCCUGGCCUGGGCCUCUGCUCUCUUGCCUGGCUUCCUUCUUUUCUUAGGGAGAGGGUGGGGCUACAGGUAGUCACCUUCAGGCAGGGGGUGCUGAGCCCAACUACCUGGGACAACACAGAUACUUAAGGACCUAAUUAUGCCAAACCAGAGUUAGAUGUAGACCAGCCCUGCAGGAAUCGAGCUGUGACUGGGCCAGGACAGCAGCUGGCUUCAGCACUGGCUAUAAAGUUCCCUUACUUUUCCUGAUACUGGUUCUAGCCAGUAGCAGUACGUUUGUGUCUGCUCCCCUGAACCUGCAAACUGAAGCCCCCUUCCCUCACCAGCUUGGGCUUGAUGUCCUUCUAAUCCUGUAGGUGCUGUUCUUAGUCUUUUAGCAAGACAGCCAUUAAGAUGAGGUUUAUGGUCUGAAGGUUAACAGUCUGGGUGCAGUCUGGCACCCAUUCUGAACUAGUUCUGGCCUUGUCCCACUAACUUUUCUGAACUGAAUGCGGUAGACUCAAUCUCUAGUUUAAAGAGUUUCCUCACCUUUUAAACUGUUUUUGAAUAAAACUUUUACAGGUAAUAUAGUCCUAUUAAUAAAAGAUA